AUGCCAUCCUCAUCGCAAACAGGUAGGUAUGCCCCUCAAAAUACAUCGAACGGUCAAGCUGUGUGUGUUUACCACCUCCUUCUACUUAUUCGAUACCUUCAAAAGCUUAUGCUAGAUCUGGUUCCUCGUCCUAUAUCUCCUUUGCAGUCCAGUGAAAUUUCGCUGCAGAUCGAGGUCGCCUUUUUUUCACAGCCCCGCUCGUUGGAUGCUGCGCUGGAGCGUUUUCACUUUCUCGGAAAUUAUACCAGUGUGAAAGAUAAUAAAGAGGUCUCGGCGUGCGUGGAGGAGGAACAUCUUGUGGUGGUGCCGCUUUAUCCUCAAUACAGCUCAGUGCAUGCCGGCGUUGCUUUUGACGCUCUCACAAAUUCAAGUUACUUCGCUGCGCAUCGAACGAUACCACAUCUUCACUUUCUACGAAGUUACGCCACAAAAACAGCUUAUAUUAACGCACUAACAACGUCGAUUCGGCGGUAUUGUGCAGCGCAUGGCUCGCCAGAUUGGCUUUUUGUUGUUUUUGAGGGCCUUUCGAGGCGAUUUAUUACCUCCGGCGAUUGCUAUCAGGUUGAAUGUCAGCGCACCUUCACGGCUCUCCGCACUGCACUCUCCACACACAAGAACACAACGAUGACAACGCCUCUCGAUGAUGGCAUAGACUCCACGAGUACGAUGGAUGGAAGUGCUGAAAAAGAUGUUAUUCAUUCUCCUCCUCCAUUUUCUUCCUCUAAGAGGCUUUUAGAUAUCGAGAUUCCUUCAAAUCGUAUCACGAUUAGCUUCCUCGAAUGGGGGGUUGAACCCUGCCUGGAGCCAUCUCCUAGCGACAUUGUUUCUGGCAUUGCUACAAUGGCUCGGCAGAUUUUCAAACAGGAAAUUAGUACCUCUAAUCCUGACAAAUGUGAAGAAAUAGAAAAAAUAUCCAAAGUUUUAGGAACAGCGUAUUUUGUUUGCCCAGGAAUGGCUGUGGACGAUAAUCGAUCCUUACAGGUCGUGCAGAAGCAAUUGUGUAAACAAUGCCUGGAACUGGGAUGGCUACGGGCGGAGUACAUCCCUGCUUUGAAUGAAUCCCCCGAGCAACUUAAAAUGCUAGUAAGUAUCAUAUCUGAAUAUAUUCAUUAA